AUGAGCAUCUCUGUGAACGGGCAGUCGGUGGUGCCGCCGGGGUUCCGGUUCCACCCGACGGAGGAGGAGCUGCUGACCUACUACCUGGCCAAGAAGGUGGCCUCAUGCCGCAUCGACCUCGACGUCAUCCCCGACGUCGACCUCAACAAGCUCGAGCCAUGGGACAUCCAAGAGCGUUGUAGGAUCGGGACGGGCCCGCAGAGCGACUGGUACCUGUUCAGCCACAAGGACAAGAAGUACCCGACGGGGACGCGCACGAACCGCGCCACCGCCGCCGGGUUCUGGAAGGCCACGGGCCGGGACAAGCCCAUCUACUCCUCCUCCUCCGGCUCCGGCACCGGCAAGAUCGGCAUGCGCAAGACGCUCGUCUUCUACAAGGGCCGCGCCCCGCACGGUACCAAGUCCGACUGGAUCAUGCACGAGUACCGCCUCCACGACAACGCCCAAAACCACCAUUCAUCCCCCGGCGCCGCCUCCUCUUCACCGAUUCGUGGGGGCGACCAGUCGGCGGCGCAGCAGGAGGAAGGUUGGGUGAUCUGCAGGGUCUUCAAGAAGAAGAACCUCAUCUGCUGCAACAACAACAACAAUCAAGCUCUAGCUUCCCAUCCCCAGAUCAGCAGCAACAACAACAAGCAGCCCUCGCCGAGCCGCAGCUGUUCCGCCGUCAGCGACGACCACCACGCCGCAAGCAGGGCGGCGGCGGCGCAGAUGCUGCAUCACUACUCCGCCGGCGGCAGCGGCGACGUCGACACGCACACGCUCGACCACAUCCUCCGCUACAUGGGCAGCAACAGCGGCAAGCAGGAGAGCAAGCCGGCGCCGCUGACGUCAGCUUGCAGUUUGCCAAAUAUGGACCAGUAUAGCCUCGUCAACGGCGGCGGCGGCGGCACUCUGUACGACAAGUUCAUGAAGCUCCCGCCGCUCGAGCACGUCGUCGUCUCCGGCUCCGGCGGGGGGCUCCUGCAGCUCCCUCCGCCUACGCCGCAAGGCUCGCAGUACGGAGGCGCCGACUGCUGGGCCGACACGCUCGCGGCGUACGAGCUCAACGGCGGCCUAUCCGACAACGACGUCGACGGGUCGACCAAGACCACCAACGGCGGCAUGUCGACGCCCGGCUGCUUCUUCGUGGCCGAACAGCAUCAUCAGCACGGCCAUGGCGGCGGCGGCGACGGAGACCUGUGGAGCCUGGCGCGGUCGUCGGUGUCGACGCUGCACGCGGACUUGGCGACGGCCAUGGAUAACGUCUAGCUAGCGCGCA